AUUUCUGCCUCCGGUGGAGCUCAGUCCGGCGGCGGUUCGGUUCGUCUUCAGCGGGGGUUUUGUGCCACUUUCCCCCGCAGACCUGGAGGUGGUUUCGGGGAGGAAGGGCUCAAAUCCUCCCGCUUCUGAGCCGCUGAAAUUGGCGCGUCUUUGAGUUUGGAUCCCCGGAUAAAGCUCGUGUUUUGUGGGUUGUGGAGCCUCCAGCUGUCGCAGGAGCCAGUGGAGACGUGUGGCCCGUCGCUGAGGAUCAGAAAGUCCGAGUUUAACGAAGCUUUUUCGGGUUUUUUUUUGUUUGAAAUCGAGGGAGCGAGGAGCCCCCCUCCCUCAGAGGAAUAAAUCCAGUCGACACCAUGUCCAGACGCAGUGGUCGCAUCACACUUCAAGCCAGAGAUUCGAACACACCUGAGCCGACCGUCAGAGCACCACUGAAGAAGAGGAAAUCAGAGCCGUCCAAGAAGAAACUACAACCUGCUGCUAAGAAACAAAGCUAUGAAAUACAGAAGUGUUGGUCAGAGGACGGUGCGAGUCCGUGCGUGCUCAUAGAAACUCCCCACAAAGAGCUGGAGCCUUCGGACCCGUCCAGCUUCAAACAGUACAUAUUCAAGAACCUCUUCAUCAAGGCCUCGCCCAUCCCCCGCCUCAGUUGGGCCAGUUCAGACGACGUGUGGAUCAAGAUGCUCAACAAGGAGCUGAAGUACGUCCACGACAAGGGUUACCUGCAGCGGCAUCCCAAGCUGCAGCCGAACAUGAGGGCCAUUCUGCUGGACUGGCUGCUCGAGGUGAGUGAGGUGUACAGCCUCCACCGGCAGACGGCCUACCUCGCGCAGGACUUCUUUGACCGCUUCAUGCUGACGCAGGAGAACGUCAACAAAGACUACCUGCAGCUCAUCGGCAUCACGGCGCUGUUCAUCGCCUCCAAGAUCGAGGAAAUUUACCCGCCCAAAAUCUACGAGUUCGCCUACGUCACAGACGGCGCCUGCGACAUGUGGGACAUCCAGCGCACAGAGCUUCACAUACUGAAGGCGUUGGACUGGAACCUCUGUCCGGAGACGCCCAUCUCCUGGCUGAAGCUGUACGCUCAGGUUGAAGCCCAGAAAGACGACGAGAACUUCCUGGUGCCACAGUUCUCACAGGAAACGUACAUCCAGAUCACACAGCUGUUGGAUCUGAGUUUGAUGGACAUCAACUCGUUGGACUAUGGCUACAGCGUCCUCGCUGCCGCCGCCUUCUGCCACUUCUCCACCUUCGACGUCGUCCAUAAAGUCUCGGGUCUGACGUGGGAGAGCGUGGCGCCCUGCGUCCGGUGGAUGUCUCCUUUCAUGGACACGCUGCAAUCUGAAGCCCCGCCCCAGCUCAAGAACUUCCCCCGAGUCAAAGCCGACGACAGACACAACAUCCAGACGCACGUGUCCUAUCUGGAGCUGCUGAGAAAAGCUCAGGAGCGUCGGGUGGACGACCCCGACUGUCAUAUGUCGCCGGUCGCCGUCGGAGCGAUCCUGACUCCACCCAACAGCACAGAGAAACCGACCAAUCCCUGAGCAGGAUGGAACACGACCGGCUGUCAACGCUACCUCUCCGCAGUUCCACCUGAAGCGGACGGCGACCUCUCGGACCACGUCAGCUCCUGGUCAGAGGAACUUCAUGUAGCAAGUUUUGAUUUUAUUUUUUAACACUAAGUUCAGAUUUAAGUUCCUGUCGCUCGCUGUAGUCUGUGUUUUAUGAAACUGCAACUUCAGAGAUCGUCAGGAUUUUAAGUUCUUAGAUUUUUAAUUUAAAAAGUUGUGAUUGAGUCUGAACCCUGAACAGUUUGAGACGUCGAGACAAAAGUUUCGUCUCCGACUCCACUGAGGAUUUUUUUUAUUCCUGUAAAACCAUCGAGGUCUGAGAUGACGUUUCGUACCGAUCAGGUAUUUUUGAGAGUUUUCUGCUGAAACGGAAAUGAUUUCAGACGGUGCUUCAGUCAGAUUCUCAGGAAGUGGAAACUCAGAUUCACACUUGAUGCCACAGAGGAACAAUGAUAUUUUACAAAGUGUGUUUUGUAGCUAUGUGAGCCAUAAGAAUCACCGGAGGUUUGAUUUGUUAAACGUCCUGAAACCUGCAGACGUUUGAAAUGCAGCUGAGCCGUUUACGAGGCUCGGUCGUCCUUAUUAAUUCUUUCCUGUUGCAACCUGGUUGCACAUUUUUGUUACAUUCCUGUGAAACUUGACAACUGUGCAACGUUUUUUUAAGUGCUUGUAUUUAUUGAAAAGCCUUAGUUUGUAAGUCUGUUCAUAUGUAUAAAAAAAAAAUCAGCAACGAAUGAGCUGUCGAUCGCUGCCAAAGGCAAAAGCUAUUUAUGAUUUUGCUGUGAAUGUUGAAUUACAGUUUGAUGUUGUACAGCAGCUGUCACUUCUUAGUGCCUUUAAAAUAACAUGAACUGUGCAGCUUUGUGAUUUAAGCUGAACAAACCUGUGACUCAACUUCUACAGCUGCAUCGAGACCGGAGAACUCAACCAUGUCGACUGUACACGCUUAAAAAUGACUUUUUGUAAAUAGAGAAACUCAGAAAUAUGUCAUUUUCUUUUCUAUUGUGAUGUUUUAAAUAAAAGUGAAAUGAUA